ACCACAAAAGAAAGGCACGGGACCCCAUUCGAAAGGAUAGGGGAACCGCUCUGGAUCGAUAGAGUUGGUGAUGGGUUAUUGCUCUUCUUCUGCCAACCACAUAUUCUAUCCUCUCUUCAUCCGCUUAUACUUCCCUGGACUUUCAUUUCCUCUAGCUCCGAGGUCCAUGCCAUGGCACUAGAUCCAAGCUUCAUUGUUGGAAUUGUGGGGAAUGUGAUAUCCAUACUAGUCUUUGCUUCUCCCAUAGGCACCUUCCGGCGGGUGGUGAAGAAGAAAUCCACCGAGAGUUUCAAAUGGCAGCCUUAUGUCACCACUUUACUCAGUACUUCACUGUGGACUUUUUAUGGUCUCCUCAAGCCUGGAGGUCUCCUCGUGGUCACGGUUAAUGGCAUUGGAACCGUGUUGCAGGCCAUCUAUGUGACUCUUUAUCUCGUCUACGCUCCCAGGGACACAAGGGUGAAGAUGGCAAAGUUGGUGGCAGUUUUGAAUGUGGGAUUUUUGGGGUUGGUGAUACUGGUCACUCUUCUGGCAAUCCAUGGGAGUGUCCGGCUUACUGUGAUAGGGUUCUUGUGUGCAGCUUUGACCGUGGGCAUGUAUGUUUCGCCCUUGGCAGCUAUGAGAAUGGUGGUGAAAACGAUGAGUGUUGAGUACAUGCCCUUCUUCCUCUCCUUCUUCCUCUUCCUCAAUGGUGGAGUAUGGAGUGUCUACUCUCUGCUCGUACAAGAUUACUUCAUUGGUGUUCCAAAUUGUGUUGGUUUUGCAUUAGGCUCGGUUCAACUGGUCCUCUAUGCUAUAUAUAAAAGGAAGACGCCGUUGGCAAAGGCAGCAGAGACAGAUGAAGAGGAGGGCUCAGCACACCUUGUGGGCGAAGUGGAGAUGCAAGGAUAUGAAGGCAAGAAUAGCUUCCAUGCAGCUCAACAGAGGCAUUUGAACAAAGGUAGCAGCCUACCAAAACCAUCAAUACCCCGCCAAACUAGCUUAAACAAAGUUGUGAGAUCCUUGUCCAUGACUGCUUAUGAGCUGCACUCAUAUUGGCACCAAAAUGAUCGUUUGGGGAGUUAAGAACAUAGCACCUCUCAAGAUGAUCCAACUCUCUUACAAGUGAGGGAAUCUUAUAAGCUAGAGGUACUUCCAAUUGUGCAACUUGUUUUGAGAAAUCUAAGUUCUUAAUGUGGAUUUUCUUGUUAAUUUAGUUUAGAAUUUUUCUUUUGUAUGUAUACCCUCCUAAAUAUAUGAAAUUGCAUGAAUACCCUAUUUGUAUGUA